GAGAAUUCCAACGCCUUUGUCAAACCCGCUGUCCGUCGUGUAUUGUUUAUUACAUUUGGAAAUUGGAUUUUAGUGCCUUCUGAUACGGAACUCGGAAGGAAUCCUCGAGGCAUAAGGGCAAGAAAAACAACCAACUGAACUGGCUCAGUGAUGGCGAACGGUUCAACCUUGCAGAAAGCGAUCGACAUCGUGACGAAGGCGACAGAGGAGGACCGGAACAAAAACUACGAGGAAGCUCUCCGGCUUUAUGAUCAUGGCGUAGAGUACUUCCUCCACGCAAUCAAGUAUGAAGCUCAGGGGGAUAAAGCGAAGGAGUCGAUUCGAGCAAAGUGCAUCCAGUAUCUGAACCGGGCCGAGAAGCUAAAGGCCUAUCUGGAAAAAGGCAAGAAAAAGCCGGUCAAGGACGGUGACAGCUCGUCGAAGGACGACAAAUCGAAGAACGACAGCUCCGACUCGGACUCGGACGAUCCGGAGAAGAAGAAACUUCAGGCGAAGCUGGAGGGAGCGAUCGUGGUCGAAAAGCCGCACGUCAAGUGGUCCGAUGUGGCCGGUCUGGAGGGUGCUAAGACGGCACUGAAGGAGGCCGUCAUCCUGCCGAUUAAGUUUCCGCACCUAUUCACCGGCAAGCGCAUGCCGUGGAAGGGUAUACUGCUGUUUGGGCCGCCCGGAACGGGCAAGUCCUAUCUAGCGAAGGCUGUGGCAACCGAAGCGAACAACUCAACAUUUUUCUCCGUCUCCAGCUCCGAUCUGGUGUCGAAGUGGUUGGGUGAGUCGGAGAAGCUGGUGAAGAAUCUGUUCGAGCUCGCGCGUGCCCACAAACCUUCUAUCGUUUUCAUCGACGAGGUCGACUCGCUCUGUUCGUCCCGGUCGGACAACGAGAGCGAAAGCGCCCGGCGCAUCAAGACCGAAUUUCUGGUCCAGAUGCAGGGUGUCGGUAGCGAUAACGAGGGAGUGCUUGUCCUGGGCGCCACCAACACGCCUUGGAUUCUGGAUUCCGCUAUCCGGCGUCGUUUCGAGAAGCGCAUCUACAUCCCACUGCCGGACGAGCACGCCCGGCUGGUGAUGUUCAAGAUUCACCUCGGCAACACGGCGCACUCGCUCACUGAAGAUAAUCUACGCGAGCUCGCAGCAAAAACGGAGGGCUUCUCUGGCUCAGACAUCUCGAUCGUGGUACGGGACGCGCUGAUGCAACCGGUCCGCAAGGUGCAGACUGCGACGCAUUUCAAACGCAUCAGCGGCCCGUCGCCGAUAGAUAAGACGACCAUAUGCGACGAUCUACUCAAGCCAUGCAGCCCCGGCGAGGAGGGUGCUAUUGAGAUGACCUGGGUGGACCUUCCAGGCGACAAGCUGUACGAGCCCCCGGUGACCAUGAACGAUAUGUUGAAAUCUCUGGCCAGCACGAAAGCAUCGGUGAACGACGAGGACAUGAAAAAGCUGGACAAAUUUACUGAAGAUUUUGGUCAGGAAGGUUAAGUACUUCGUAUGAUUUGCGUAAAGAGGAUAACGAAACAUGCACGACUAGAAGUGUGCAAAACAUAUAAAGCGGAAAGGAUGGUGGGACGGAGCGUUUUGGCAAGCUAUACAUGCAACACGAAAAUUACGAAAGUUGAGAGGGUGAAAUGGGGGAACACAGGAAGAUGUUAGCGGUGUAAAAUAAUAUAUGUUAUUCAUUACUUUCAACUAAAUUGAAAACAAAAAUGCUACAAAUAACACACUUAACCUACUAUUCGCUGCUCGAGAUGAACUCUACAAUAGCAUAAGAUGAAUUAUGUAAAUGCUCUACAACACAAUACGACAGAUUUGGAUGCCUUGGAGAAGCGAUGAUAGAUGUGAAAUAAAUCUGUUAUUUUCUGUUCAAG